AUAUAAUACAAAAUACAUAUCGCCAAUGAUAAUACGAUAUUUGAAAGUUUUUGAACAAGAGUCGAUAGCAGCUGUUGUUUCACGGAGUUGCCGGUUUAUUCCCCCGCUGUUUUUUUGUCGACGGGCCAGUUUGUGCGUGAUAACGGCUUAACUCUGCUGUUUGGUGCGGGAACCUCCUCAUUGUCAUCUAUCCAGACACCUGUUGAUUGGAAAGGCGCGUCACGAGCUCACCCGAACAUAAGUUUCCACGCUCGGCUAGUGGCGAUUGCGGGACGGCCCUGUUACGUUUCUUGUUAUCGUGGACAACCCAUAUUGGAGAUCGGUUUACCACAUCCUGGCAGUUAGAAUAGAAACAAUUACUGUGAAAACUUCUGUCCGAAGUGAUGUGCCUUGUGACGUGGCUGUAAACAGAUACACGGAGCUUUCCUUCGAAUUCUUGGCAGGGCAAAACUCGGAUAAUUAACAGUUUUGAAACUUAUUCAGUUGAUAUUUUCAACCGUUGGAAGUUUCAGCAAGUGCUUCUGCCGUCGGUCUAUCCGAUUGUCUGUUAUAAACGGCCAACAGAAUUUCAGGGAGCAGCGGACGGCACCGAAAAGCGGAUUUGACGGUUAAUUCCGCCGCAGCCAUGGGCCGUAAGAAAAUCCAAAUUUCCCGGAUAACGGACGAGAGGAAUCGUCAGGUGACAUUCAACAAAAGAAAAUUUGGUGUAAUGAAAAAAGCUUAUGAAUUAAGUGUGUUAUGCGACUGUGAAAUCGCCCUCAUCAUAUUUAGCAGCUCUAACAAACUAUAUCAAUAUGCUAGUACUGAUAUGGAUAAGGUGCUUCUCAAAUAUACAGAGUACAAUGAACCCCAUGAAUCGCUCACAAACAAGAAUAUUAUUGAGCAACUCAAUAAAAAAGAACUGAAAGGUGGUGCUAUGAGCCCUGAGAGUCCAGAUGAAAGCUGUGAUGGCACUCAAGGUCCAUAUCAAUUGACCCCAAGGACUGAAGCUAAGUAUAGUAAAAUUGAUGAAGAGUUUCAGUUGCUCAUGCAGCACCAACGAAUGGCCAGGAAUAAUGUAAAUGCCAAUUAUCCGCUUCCUACCUCGAUGCCAGUGAGCAAUAUGUAUAAUGAAUCUGGAAAUUUGCAAAUACAUCAUAGUGCUAGUCCACGACCUCCUUCUUCGGAUGCUGAUUCUGUUUAUCCUGCUGGUAGCAUGUUAGAAAUGAGUAAUGGAUAUCAAACGUCUUCAUCUCCAGCUCUAGUCAAUUCGCCUUCAUCUCCGGCACAAUUAGUCAUGUCGCCCUCUCCUACACCAAAAGCUUUAAAUGCAUCUAAUCGCUCAACUCCGCCACCAAGACAUCAUUCUCCUAGGCCUAACUUGCGCAUAGUCAUGCCAAAUGCUGCUAGUCAUCAUGAUGAUACAGAUUCGAAUGCUAUCAAUACACCGACUGUUUCUCUGAAUACACCUGUUGUUGCUCUUCAUACACCUGGAUUAGGUGGCUCUUACCAUGGUAUAUUUACUGAUCUUACUUCAUCUGACAUGGGAUUAUCAUCAGCUUUAAACUGGUCUAAUCAAAUAGCUCAUAAUAAUAAUGGAAUGUCGCAUUUGGGUGUACCUAAUUCACCCCCUCCUUCACAGUCUCCAAAUUCUGUCCGGAUAAAAAGUGAACCCAACUCGCCGCCUCAUUUACAUCACCAUACAUCUGCACCAUCAUCAACAGCAGCUCCUAACACUGUUGUGUCACAUUCAAUUAGUCAUUUAUCAUUGCCACAUGCACAUUCGUCAAUACCAUCUCAUCAUUUGUCAGUAGCAGAACGUUUUAUACUAGGUGGACAGAUACCUGGAGGAAAUCAAGGUCUAGUAGAUUCUAGACACGAGUUUGAUGGUGGUCCGCCACCAAAGAGAUUACGUGACACUUGGCCCACAUGACUAAAUUGUUGAGUUAGCCUACAUCACAGAAAUCUUCUAUCCUCUCCAAUGUUUUUCGUUUUAUGAAAAAUAUACAUUCUGUUCAUUCAUCUCAUGACACAACAUAGGACAACUUGUAUUUAGUGUAUAUUACAUUACAUUUUUUUCUUCUCCCAUCUGUUUGUUAAUAUUUUUUACCCCUGUUAUAACUUAGUAACAUAUCUAUAUGUUUUUCAAUUAG